UCUAGCAUCGCACGUCACGCGCGUCACCCUAUGGCGACUAGUCUCACGUUGUAGUCCGUAGUCGUCUGUCGAUUGCCCGCUGUUGCCCGCUCACAUUCGAAUUUGACAAAUAUGCCGCACGCAUUUCCGAGCGUAUCCGACUGUUCGUCAGUGUGCGAGUUUUGAUGUCCAUUGUUCGCUACCGAACUAUGUAGUUCUUUCUGCAACGUAAUCUUUUUCAGCAGACAGUUGAGUUUUACUGUACAUAUUAACUUUUAGGUAAGGGUUCCAGUAGAACUCUGGCUUGGCGUGGCGUUUUCGAUGUGCUUGGUUCUUCAAAUCAUUUCCUACUACUCUAGAAUAAUGUCUUCAAGACAGACAGAGAUAAUAGAAAGGCUGCAACAAAUGAAGAGGGAACUGGCGAAAAAGGAACGUAGGCUGCAGAAACUAAAAAGAUCAGCGGGCGGCAGUUCCUCAGCUGAAGGAAAUGUCAGUGGCUCACCAAGAGCAUCAGCAGAGAGUCCAGCCAUAGGUACUCCACAUAGUGCCCAGGAAAAUUUGACACCGCAGAAAUGCGUUGUCAAUGAAAUGCAUCACCUGUGUCAAACUAGUGAGCAACCUUGUCGCUUCGACACAGAUGGCAAGGGACAAAACAAUGAUUGUGCACAACAGGUGAACAUAACUGCAUCCCAUGCUUCCAGUACAGAAAAUAGGAAGAAAUCCACUUUCAAGACGAUAAGCCGUCUACUGUUCAGUGAUUCGUCAACGGACACGCUCGAAAGCAGUGAGGGAUUUCAAGCUGAUACAUUGCAUGCCAAAAGGAAACGACGACAGUGUGUAUCGAGCAGUCCAAGAAUGACGAGAAGUUGUACAGCUAUUCGUAGAGUACUUGACUGGCUAGUGGCUGGAGCACGAACACGCCCAGCUGAGUGCUUUACUCUAUCAGACAAUGUCCAGUUUCAAGCAUUAGUUGAGCAGAAAUUGGAGUGCAGUACAACUCCCCCCAAGCUAAGUGACCUUGAAAUCCAUAGCAGUGUUGGGAGGGAAAGCCCAAAGCAGCAGGUGCUACCAGAGCACAAUAGUGCUUCCGACAACCCUGAGCCAACAAAGUUGCUGAGCCGACACGUUGUCGAUGAAGACCAGGGCACAGUAACAAAUGAUGCGCAGAGGAAUCACCAGGUCCAUGAAGCAUCGGACAGUCACAGUGAGGAGUGUUCGAAAAGAAAAUUGCUGGGAUUGAACCACCCUAUGAUGUUCUACCGCAGUUUAAAGUGCAGAUUCCAAGAUCCUCUCUUGGAAGUGAGUAUUUCCGAGGGUAACCCAGCAGUCCUAGUCGGGAUCCACAGUGCUGGCAUUUCCUUCUGGAGUCUCAACGGAACCUGCUGGGAUUGUCUCUCCGUAGAUCUCCAGCACACAUUUGAGGAAAACCACUGCACGCUGCGAGACGACAGCAGUCUGUACAUAAUACACGGCGGAGCUACGUCCGACAUCAGCUGCGUUCAGUAUUGCAUCCGAGAGCAGUCUACGUACCAGUACGUUCUUGGGACAAAGGAAUCUAGUCAAAGUAGAAGAGCGUGUCUUUUGACGAAAUUGCGAGGCACAUGUUUUGCAAUGGCAACAAGGUCAUCUCGUGGGUCCACCAGGAUUAAAAGCUGCCAGAUAGAGGGUCAAGUAAUACGCUCCAUUGGAGAGACUUCGGAUACUCUGCAUUCUCUUACCAGUAUUGAAGAACUGCCUGGUGCUCUCUUGGGAGCAUGUCAGGAGGCCAUCUACAUUUGGAACUAUACUAAAUGUGUUCUUGUAAGGAAGAUUAUUCAAGAGCCGAAUACCUUUCUAGACAUCUCUCUCAUUUCAUGGGCUGCAUCACACUCGGGUUUGAUUUUCUACCUUGCACACUCAGUGGACGACAGCCAACUGAUUGCACUGAACCCAUUCAGUGGUAAAGCAGACGCCAUUAGUAGCUACACAUGCGUGCCUCGUAAUGGGGGUUUGAGGGCACACAAAGUGCACAGCAAAUACGUUGCAGCUGUCUGCCAAUCGCUGGGCGUCUGCAUAUGGAACCUCUGGAGUGGAAACUUAGUUGGCCAAAUGCAUUACGAUGAUGCCACCACAGUUGCACUGGCCACAAUCAGCGAUACAUGUGACAUGGCUGCUGUUGGAUGUCAUAAUGGACAUAUUCUUGUUUUUGUGUCAUGACACUUGUACAUAGAGCACUCACGCAAUAAAUGUUGAUAACAGACAG